AUGCCCAUCGCUCAAGGCGCUCACCCUGGACACGAGCGGGGGCCUUUCUUGGGGUCGGUCUUCCGGGACUGGGGGCCGCAGGGAUCGGCUGCUUUCUCAAGUGGCUGCUGUUUACUACAACCUGCUCUUUGCUUUUCCAGACACAACAGCUGGGAGCCGGAGGAGAACAUCCUGGACCCGCGGCUGCUGCUGGCCUUCCAGAAGAAGGAACAGGAGAAGGAGGUGCAGAACCGGAAGAAAGGCAAGCGGCCCCGGGGCAGGCCGCGGAAGCUGGCGGUGAUGUCCUCCUGCGGCCGGCACUCCAAGCUCAAGGAACCGGACACCUCCUCCAAGUGCAAGUCCAGCAGCUCCUCCUCGUCCUCCACGUCCUCCUCCUCUUCCUCUGAUGAAGAGGGGGACAGCGACCUAGACGCCAAGAGGGGCCCCCGUGGCCGGGAGACCCACCCAGUGCCACAGAAGAAGGCGCAGAUCCUGGUGGCCAAGCCCGAGCUGAAGGACCCCAUCCGGAAGAAGCGGGGCCGCAAGCCCCUGCCCCCGGAGCAGAAGGCGGCCCGGAGGCCCGUGAACCUGGCCAGGGUGCUGAAGACCGCCAGGAAGGACCUGGGGGCGCCGGCCAGCAAGCUGCCCCCUCCGCUCAGCGCCCCCGUGGCCGGCCUGGCGGCCCUGAAGGCCCACGCCAAGGAGGCCUGCGGCGGCCCCAGCAGCCUGGCCACCCCCGAGAGCCUGGCCAGCCUGAUGAAGGGCAUGGCCGGCAGCCCCAGCCGCGGUGGCAUCAGCUGGCAGAGCUCCAUCGUGCACUACAUGAACCGCGUGAGCCAGAGCCAGGCCCAGGCCGCCAGCCGGCUGGCGCUCAAGGCCCAGGCCGCCGGCAAGUGUGGCCUCGGGCUGGACCUCAAGGUGAGGACGCAGAAGAGCGAGCUGGGGUUCAGUCCCCCAGGAAGCAAGCUCCCAAAGGCCCCCGGCAGUGGGGUGAUGGAGCCGAAGGGGGGGGCCGGGGGGCCCCCGCACGCCCACAGUAGCAGCAAGGUGCCUGCCGGUGGCCUGGGCCCUCAGCCUGCACCCACCCAGGAGCUGAGCCUCCAGGUCUUGGACUUACAGAGCGUCAAGAAUGGCAUGCCGGGGGUGGGCAUGGUCGCCCGCCAUGCCACAGCCGCCAAGGGUGUCCCUGCCGCUGUGUCCGGCGCUGGGAAGGGGGCCGGGGCUGGCCCCACCGGGGGCAACGGAGCCGGCAUGCUGACCGACACCAGCAAGAGUGAGAAGCUGGCCUCCCGGGCUGCCGCUCUGCCCGCCCCUGCAGGGAAGAGGGACGGUGGCAAGGGCGGUGCGGCCCCCGGAGGGCAGGAGGGGCCUGGGGCCCUGGGCAACGCGCGCAAAGCGGCCGCGCUGUCGGAGAUGAGCACCGGCGAGGAGAACAGCAGCUCCGACUCGGACCCAGACUCGGCCUCGCCGCCCGGCGCCAAGCAGAACCUGUCCGUGUCGGUGCAGACCAGCCAGGACUGGAAGCCCACCCGCAGCCUCAUCGAGCACGUCUUUGUCACCGACGUCACCGCCAACCUCAUCACGGUCACCGUGAAGGAGUCCCCCACCAGCGUGGGCUUCUUCAACCUGCGGCACUACUGACACCCACCGUGGCCGCCGCCGCCUCCCCCGCCCGCUCCGGCCUCUGGUUUGGCUCCAGUAAGUGACCCACACCCCAGGCCACGCCAGGGCAGGCGGGAGGCCUCCCGGGCCCACCCCUGCCUGGGGCGUCGGGCCGGGUCGUACCUCGAUGCCUUGCUGGGGCCUGGCCGCCCCGUUCCUACCUCGGCCUUCGCUUCCCUGUGGCCUCAGGAAGUCUGGGCACCCCCUGCAGCUCGAGCCAAAUCUCGGAACUGCCCUCCUGGCUGUGGUGACGGCUCCCGGUUCCCAGGGGCACAGUGUUCAGGAGGGAACUUCUGGGCCAGCGUGGCUGUUCUGCCCGGUGGCACAUGGCUAUGGGGGGCGGGGAGCAGGCCUGGAGGACCACACCAGUGCAGGCGGACUAAGAUGGGGGGAGCCGUGGCCUUGCUGCCAGAACCCCCCCCCCGCAACUGUGCCUGAGCUGUCCAAGGUGAGGGGACUUCAUCUCCCUGUCGCUGUCCCCUCUCCUGACAGCUGAGGGCUGUGUGUGAGGUGGGGGAGGCAGGGACCCUAGAGAGGUCGCUUUGGUGCCGUCUAACCUGGGGCCACGGCGCUGGGCAAGUCCCUGAGCUGUUGCACCUGGAGAGCCAGCCUCUGGGUUUAGGGGGCAGAAGGAGAGGGUGUCGCUCCUGCUGCCUGCCUUCUGCCACCGGUGCCAGGGCCACGCAGUCCUCAUCUCAGCCCCACAGACUGCCCGGCCUGCUGGCUGUGCGGGGGCCCGCCACCCCUGACAAUCCCCCCCCC